AUGCUUGAGGCAACUAAACAAGCAGUUAGACAAAUGAUUAUUUAUUUAGAACAAACGAAAGGAUUAACUAGAGAAGAAGCAUACAUGUUAUGUUCAGUAGCAGUAGAUAUUCGAGCAACACAAGUUGUUGAUAUGCCAAAUUAUGUAGUUGGAGCAUUUUUACUGGGGAACUGCAAAGUGGUCCCGGGACCAAAAUUUGACUUUUUUACGGGACCGGGACUAAAAAUUUUUCACAUUGGUUCCGUAAAUGUCAAUCAAACAUGUUUUGAAACAUUAGCAAAAAUAGUUCAACGUAUUCAACGUGAUCUUCUUGCUGAUCUUAAUGAUAUACAUGGAAGAAAUCGUUUACUUCUAACGUAUAUUCAUUAUGAAUGUACAUUACAUACACCAAAUGAAACAGAUAUGACUGCUGUUUCAUCAAAAUCAGCUAGUCUUCGUCCAAAUUCUCUCUAUUUUCAACGUCGUGUUCCACGAAGUACAUCAAAUCCUGAUUUACCAAGUCCAUCGUUAUCACCUGAAGAUGAAAUGGCACUUGCUGCUGCUAAUGGGGGUUUUAUCUCACCAAAUAAUUCAUCAGGAAAACAAAUAGGUGAAAUAUCUCAAGGUGUUAUUAAAGAUGCUGCUUAUUCAACUAAAACAUCACAACAACGAAAACCAUUACAUGAAGAAUUAUUAUUUCAAUGGGUUGUUUCAUCAGGUGCAACAAGAGAUUUUGCUUUUGGUAAUAGUUGGUUUUUUUUUGAAUUAUUAAUAAAAACUAUGGGACAUUUUUUACAUACAACAAAUCGUUUUCAAAUUGAUCGUCGUCAUCGAUUUUCAUAUCAAUUUUGUGAUGAUAUAACAACAUUAUUAAGAUUAAUUAUACGUGAAUUACUCGAUCGACAACAUCAUACACAACGUAAUGGAAUUGAUGGAAAAAUUCAUUGUACACAAUUAAAUACAUCAUUAGCAUUUUUUAUUAAUGAUUGUUUAUCAGUUAUGGAUAGAGGUUUUGUUUUUGGUCUUAUUAAAAUCUAUUGUAAAGAAUUCGAUCUUGAAAUUGCACAUGGUCAACCAACAGAUACAUCAUAUUAUAUAUCUUUAAAAUUAGAUUUUAUUCGAAUUGUUUGUUCACAUGAACAUUAUAUAACACUAAAUCUUCCAUUAUUACCAUCUAUUCCUCCAUCACCAUCUCCAAGUAUUGGUAGUAUGCAAUCUUAUUCAUCAAAUAAUAACAAUAAUAAUAUUAAUAAUAGCAAUAUAAAUACUAAUGGAAAUAGUCAACGUACAAUAACAAUUCACCAAACGGAUUUAACAUAUGAAUUUCGUCAAGAACAUUAUCUUGUUGGAAUUAUUCUACAUGAUUUGCAAAAUGUUCUUUCAAAAACUUCGCCAUGGCUUCACAGUCGUGCAAUAAAUAUCUUACGUAAUGUACUUUCAUGUCAUGAUUUUGAUCAACGUUUAUUAAUAAAUGAUGAAAAAAAUAAUCGAAAUCGUGUUGCAAGACUUUAUUUGCCAUUGCUUCAUAUUGUUUCAAAUAAUAUUAAUAAAUUAUUCGAUCCAGGAAAUGCUUCAUUUGGUCAAUUGAAUCGUCCAUCUAUCACACCUUCAGAUGAUAUUCUAACGUCAAAUACCGAUGAAUUUAUUACAGAAAAUGAUGGAACUUUAAAACGUAUAUCAUCAAUGACAACAUUUAGUGAAGAAACAUCUCGAGAUUUAUUAAUAUGUUUAUUAUGGUUAUUAAAAAAUAUUGAUUCAUCUGUACUUCGUCAUUGGUGGAUGCAUAUGACACGUGAACAACUUCAAAAUUUAAUUCAAUUACUUGAUUUAUCUAUUGCAAGUUUUGAAUAUAAAGGAAAAAAACAAAUGAAACGUCAUCAUCGUAUUGGUGCUGGUGGACAUGCAUCUGUACUUGCUGCUAUAUCAACAUGUGCAUCAACAAAAAAAACUUCAACAAUAUCAGUUAAAAAUCAAUUAGAAAAAUCAAUUAUUGGAACUGAUAAUGCAAGAACAGACAUGUUAAAUAGAACAAAACAAAAAAAUCCUAAUCCAUCAGUUCAUGAACCAAAUAAAAGCACUAGCAAUCUUCGCUGGCGUAAAGAUCAAACACAUUGGCGACAAGCAAAUAUAGAAAGAAGUGAAGAAGAAAUAACAAUUGAUGCUCAUCUUGAAAGUAUUCUUGCAUCAGAAUGUACAAUGAUUGUUUUAGAUACAAUAGAAACAAUCAUACAAGUUGUUCAAACAACAGAUUGUCAUCAAAUUCUUUUACCUGGUUUACUUAAAAUACUUCUACAUGCAUUUGCACUUAAUCAAAGUACAUGGACAUUACAAAAUUUAUUUUCACACCAACGAGCAAUAGUUUAUAAAUUUCCUGAAUUACUUUUUGAAGAAGAUACAGAACAUUGUGCUGAUUUAUGUCUUCGUUUAUUAAAACAUUGUUCAUCAUGUUUGAGUACAGUACGAAGUCAUGCAUCUGCAUCACUUUAUUUAUUAAUGAGACAAAAUUUUGAAAUUGGAAAUAAUUUUUCGCGAGUUAAAAUGCAAGCAACAAUGUCAUUAUCAUGGCUUGUUGGACAAUCGACAUCACAAUUUAAUGAAAUAUUUUUACGUAAAUCAUUACGAACUAUUUUAACAUAUGCUGAUGGUGAUACUGAUUUACAAGAAAGUGCAUUUCCAAGUCAAGUUAAAGAUUUAGCAACCAAUUUAUAUAUGAUUUUAUGUGAUACAGUUAAACUACGUGAAGCUAAAGAUAAUCCAGAUAUGGAAAUUGAUCUUCUUCAUCGUAUAGCUAAUUGUUAUCAAAAUAGUCCUGAUUUACGACUUACUUGGUUACAAAAUAUGGCUCAAAAACAUUUAGCGAUGAAUCAUUAUGCAGAAGCUGGAAUGUGUUUAGCACAUGCAGCUAGUCUUGUUGCAGAAUACCUUCGAAUGCUUGAAUCAAAAUCAUAUAUGCCUGAUGGUUGUGUUGCUUUACAAAAAAUUUCAAUGAAUUUAUUAGAAGAAAGUGCUGUUAGUGAUGAUGUUGUAUCACCAGGAGAUGAAGGUAUUUGUACGGGAAAAUAUUUUACAGAAAAUGGUUUUAUUGGUUUAAUGGAACAAGCAGCAGUUUUUCUUACUCAUGCACAUAUGUACGAAGCUGUCAAUAAUAUUUAUCAUGUAUUAACACCAAUCUAUGAAGCCAAUCGUGAUUUUAAAAAACUGUCUCAAGUGCAUAGUAAAUUACAUGAAUAUUUUAAUCGAAUACUUGUUCAAGGAAAUAAACGUUUAUUUGGUACAUAUUUUCGUGUUGGAUUUUAUGGAACAAAAUUUGAUGAACUUGAUGGACAAGAAUUUAUUUAUAAAGAACCAGGAAUAACAAAAUUAGCCGAGAUAGCUUCUCGACUUGAAUCAUUCUAUAUUGAUAAAUUUGGUAAAACUCAAGUUGAAAUGAUUAAAGAUUCCAAUGAUGUUAAUCGUGCUUCACUUGAUUUAGCCAAUAAGAAGUAA